UCCCACAGUGCUUUGCCUGAGUGCAGCCUGCUAACAUCGACAGAAUGCAGAUGUCAAGACGCAGCAUGGCACUCGUACCCCUGUGGUCCUCCCGUGUUUUCUCCGUGGACGUGGAUGGAGGGCCAGUCUACUUUCAAAUCCAAAACAAACACCCCGGAAGAGGAGGAAAGGCAGUGAAACGGUUGUUCGACACUAGCAUGCAAAAGGACGGCAUGUGUUACUCUCUCCUUGUUUCCAGCGAUGACAAAAUCCGCAAAGCUAAGUUUUACUGGGAACUUGAAGAAAAGCUAUUAGGAGAACUUCCUCCGCAGUGUUGUUUAUCUCCUAUGUGCUCAUUCCUGCCUGGCGUCAAGGACUCACUCAUAAACGGCUAUUUUGUAAAAGAUGCCCCCCUUGCAACUGAAAGACUUUUACGACAGUUUGUGCAGCGUGACGACCCCGUGUUGGUGUGUUCAUACAUGUCAGAUGAGGAGAAAGAAGAUGGCCCACUGUGGACUCAGCAUCUGUGGACGCACGCACAGAAUCACUACAUUGUACCAGCAGAACCUCCUCAAUACCACCCCGCAACGCUCAACAUGGUUAACUCUGAUGUUUUCUACAGUGUCCAGGAGGCAUGUGCUGUUUUAAAGAAGUGUGCUGACAUCAUCCCAGAGGCCACAUCUGUCCUGGAGCUGCUGCCCAGAAGUGGCGGUGGCGGUGUGGAGGCCAGAAGCGAACCAGACUUCCCUGUUAUUGUCGUAGAAGGCCUGGAUGCCACAGGUAAAACCACGUUGACCGAGUCUCUCAGGGAUGCACUGGGAGCCACUCUUCUGCAAUCCCCUCCUCAGUGCCUCUCCCCCUGGAGGGCUCGCUUUGCUCAAGAGCCCCCCAUCAUACUCAGAGCCUUCUACGCAGUGGGCAACUACAUCACAGCACAACAAAUAGUCCACCAAGCCUCCAAGAAACCUGUCAUUGUUGACAGGUUCUGGCACAGCACGGCUGCUUACGCCAUCGGAACAGCAGUGAGCGGUUCAGUGUGUGACCUCCCGGCAGAGGGCUCCGAGCUGUACCACUGGCCCAGUGACCUUCUCCAACCCAGUCUGGUUAUCCUACUCACCCUGGACCCUGAGGAGAGGAAGAAGAGGCUGCAGGGUAGAGGUCAAGGGAAGACUAAAGAGGAGAAUGAGCUAGAACAAAACCAACAAUUCAGACUCAGAGUGGAGGAGGCUUACAGAAGAAUCAGUGGUCCAACUUGCAUCAGCGUGGACGCUAGCUCCUCUGCAGAGCAAGUGCUCCAACAAGUGCUGCUUUUAAUUAAGGCCAAAUGCCACUUGUAAACAGCUCUCUUGCUUGUGAUAGGCCUCUGAGCAUUAAGUGGAUGCAGUAUCGCUUCUGACCACUGGGUGCCAGUAAAGUGACAUCAAUAAGAAGUAUGGUGGCCAAAUAGGAAUGAAGCAAGGGGACACUACUGUCAAAGGGGUAAGAGGGGUCAGUCUUCCAGUCACAGAUACAUAUUCAUGCACACUCACACACACACUAUUCCUGAAAAGAAGAGUGCAUUUAUAACUACUGUUAUGAGUGUUCCAAAAUCACAUUGAGUAUCCAUCAGGCAGCCUCUUGUGCACAGGACAGCACUGAGGAUAAGGACUAAUGUAUAUAAGCACCAAUCACUUAAGCUCCGUGUGCAAGAGCAGUUGAAAUACACAGCAGAAUUGGGACUUCAAUGUAACAACAGAAAUAUUACUUUUAACUGUGAGAACAUCGGGUUUGAGUUCAGUGCAAAUACAACUAAAUCUGGUGUCCUUAUCUCGCUGGCUGUGACUACAGUGCAUAGAAAGUGAACAUACUCCAAUUAAAAUGCCAGUUUGUUCUUUAAUCAUUUAGUAUUUUAUGGUUGGAGUCAGUGAACAUGACACAACUUAGCUUGGCAAUAUUGCUUGCAGGAGUGUUUCAAAUUGAUCAAUUUACGGCAGGGGUGUCCAAAGUUUGGCCCGGGAGCCAUUUGUGGCUUUGUGGUUGUUUUCAAUGGCCGGCGGCACAUUGUAGGAAUAAAAUUAAACCUGAAAAACAGAAAAAUAGAGCAACAAGGCACAAUGUAAAGAGAAACGCUGAAAUGUUUAUACUAAUAAAGAAUAAUAAAACAAAGCUUUGUUAAUAUAUAGAAUGUUUCUUUUCAAUCCUUUUUACAUUUUGAAAAAACAAUAAUAAUAAAAGUGGCAACCCGCGUACUUUUCAUUUUCAGUAUGAAGCCCGCAGUGGAAAAACUUUGGACACCCCUGGUUUAUGAGAUAUUUGGUGCACAGCCCACCUGCAGGUCCAAUAGAUUUUCUAUUGGAUUUAGGUCUAGUCUCUGGCAAGAUAUGCCUCAAAAUAAAACCAAAAACUAAAAAAUGUGGCCCCUUAAACCAUCAUUAUGUGUGAAGUCAGCAAAUACUGUAAGACUUAUGCUCAGUGAGCUCAGUGGGAUGAAUUUACCAAGGGUAUCACGGCAAAGGGGCGAGUGUGAUGACAACCAUACAAUUGUAAAUGGAACUUCCUCCAACGUAGGUAAGGCUCUAGCGGCCCAUGGAGUACAAUAUGAGCAAUAUAAUUAAAUACCAUAAGGCUUUAUUAAUUCCUGCACGGCCUAUAAAAACAUCAGUAGGUGAAAGUUUGUUGUGCAAACACCUUUCUGUUGUGUGUCAGGUGUCUUGAAAUGGUGAGUUAUUUUUUAAUAUUUUUUUUACUUUGGGAAAUUUGCUACUUCAAUACAACCAGCAUCAGUUGGAGUACGCACAGUAUGUUUUUAACUGAAGAUUAUUAUGUUAAAGGAAUAAUAGUGAUCUUGUAUUGGAUCUACUACUAGUGCAGGUGUAUGUAAUAUAGUGAGUGAACAGUGGGACUACAGGAUGUGGGCGCAGGUGAACAUGAAUGUUCACCCACUACACAAGCAAGUCCAUUUAGCAGGAGCACAUACUGUAAGUCAUUUAUACAGGGAGGAAGUGUAUAUUUCGCCUAUGUGAUGGGAAGAUUAAUUGGGGGUUUUAGUAAUUAUGAGCUUGGCAAAGCCGGGGGCUGCACAAGACAGAGUGACCCAUCUCUUUCACUGUGAUGCAUCAGCAGCAUGCCAACCACCGCAGACCCUAUUCAUAUGGCAAUUAAUGGAGCGCUGUAUAUCAAUGUCAUUCCACCGCUCCCCCACGUAAGCGCAAGGAUUAUUCCUUACUCCAAUUACGCUGCUGUAGAUGCAAAACUUACUAUCACAUGCAAUCAGUAAAAUAAGGUGUUUAGUGAGUAUGCAUUCCUGCACAUCACUGUAUAGUUUAUUGAAUUCAUUAGUCACCGGCCGCCUGGCAACACAUUGGAUGUGCUGUGUGAGACAAAAUGAAGGCAGAGUUUUUGAUAGCUGCUAACACAGUGGCCUCCUUCUCAAGAGAGGUUAAAUUUAUGAAGUAGGGGAGCAAAGCAAUUAGGCUUUAUACCAUACAUCAUGUCUGAAUGUAAAGCAGUGUGUCUGCGUGUGUGUGGCGAGGGCCAUAUUUCCAUGUCAAAUAUAGCUCUGCUUUGUUAUUCUUGGCAACAAAAAGUGAGCAGUUAUAUCACGCCAUGACUACCCUACUACAAGUACAAAAUGACUUUACAUAGAACAUGAUCACCAUACAUUACAAGAACAAUUAAAUGAUUACUUAUGCAUUUGUAAAUAGUGUUUUGUUUUUUCAAAGUUUUGUCAGAGGGAUGAGAAAUAGAAACACGCACGACAUAGCUUUGUGUCAAAACAAUCCACUUCCAAUCUGCGAGCAUUCCAACACCACUCAAGUAUUCUGGUUGACUUCCAGGUUGUUGUAAUUUCAACAUUUUUUUCUAUAGAAAAUAAUGUAAAGUGACUUUGUUUUGUCAAGGCUCUAACUGUACAGGCAAGGUAACCUUUAAUUAACUGGCAUGCAUGUGUAAAGCCACGUUUACAUUGCAUGCAUUUUGUCCCCGCAGUAGUACGCAAUUUUGCGUGCCAAUGAGUAAACUGGUCGUAAACAGGUGCACAAGCACAAGUGCAGCCGGUCUGUGCUGACACUGGGUAAAAAUUGAUUCUGCGUUGUGUUCUUUGACGUUUGAGUGACGAGGAGACAGCUGCAGUUCUCUUGCCAGCCAGAGGGGGCGUUUAUUAUCGUGCACAAUAUGUAAAAUGUACAGCAAGCUGAAUAAGCUUCAUGCACACGUCUCCUCUCCUCAGCACUCGAGAAGGCGACGGCCGCAUUUUAAACAAAAUAUACCAAAAGACGGAGCCCACAUACCUGUCCACAACAUAUGAAAUGUACAGCAACCUGGAUAAGCUUCAUGCACACGUCUCCUAAAAAAAGAAAACCACAUGAAAAACGAACUCCCCAAAACUAGCUUAAUUAACAGCAAUAACUUUCGUGACUUGUCUUCAAAUGCUGUACAUAAUACAGAGAGCACACAAUGGCAUGAAAUGUCUCUUAUAUUCAUAUUAACACAUUAAAACAUUGUUGCCACCAGACUAACAUACCUGUCCUCAGCAGUCCAGAAGGCGACUGAAACGGAGCGCGCCAAAAUGGCAGGAAAUGACAUCACAGCGAUGUCAAAGUUCACACACACACAAAAAAAUGCAAAUAAAAUAAAGACUGCCCCAAAAAAGGUCAAUAUAACAACAGAUACAUACAGUAUGUGAGAAAUGAAAAAUGAAUUAUUGGUGAAAUUAAAUUAACUGAAUUAACAUCGGUUACACAAGUCUAACGUUUAGUGUUGACUUUUGAUGCGUUUCAAGAAAAUUUUCGUUACACCACUACUGUAAUGGCCUUAUCACCUAGCUCUCUAAACGAGCUGCAAAACAGCUGCAGUACAUCCAGAAUGCUGCUGCUCGAGUCCUGACUAGAACCAGCAAAUAUGACCAUAUUAGUCAGUGCUUACAUCUCUGCACUGGUUUGCUGUUGCUCAGAGAAUAGACUUUCAAACAGCUCUGCUUGUGUACAAAUCUUUUCAUGGUCUUGCGCCAAAGUACAUCUCUUGUACAUGAUCGAGCCACAUGAACCAACUCGGAUUCUGAGAAGCUCAGGAAGAGGUCUUCUGCGGGUGCCGAGAGUCAGGAAUCAACACGAUGAGGCUGCGUUUCAGCCAAAAUCUGGAACAGUCUUCCAGCCACUGCCUCAACUUUGGAAGUGUCGAAAUCCAGGCUGAAAACACGUCUAUUCAACAGUGCAUAUGACAACUGAAAGUAUUUUAUCUGCACUUCUCACUUUUAAUUGGGGUUGGGCAUCGAGUCUCAAGCAUCCGUGGGAACCGGGACUAACAUUUCGAUUCUCCCGGGAUCGUUCAAAUGAUUUAGUUGGAUUCCUAGAUUUGAUACACACUUGGCCAACUGGAAGAAAUAGCUGCGAGCACCAGCGAAGAAGCCGGCCGGCGAGUACCAGCGAGAAAGAAGCAGCUAAAAAGUUUGCUCACACAUUCAUGGUGUAGAAAUAACACAUUACCUUGUCUUGGUGUGAUGUGAUGCGCUACGUCGGACUUCCUCUAAGCAGUCAGAAUCAGGGAAGUCAAAACAAUACAUGACGUCUGUCUCAUGCCAAUGUAAGCCCGGGUUUACCGACGCCGGCUGAUUUCGAAGUUGGGUGUAUAUAAAUGACAGGCGGUACGGCUAGGCAAGUUUAUUAUUGGCACAGUACAUCUGUUAGCAGCAGUCAAUGGGCCUUCACAACACAACACACUUCUGGUCUUCAAAAUAAGAGCGGUUUCGGCUAUAUCCUGUUGACCUGUGUUCACAAAAUUGGGGUUUCAUAAAAAAUAGCUUACACAUUGAGGCAGCAAACAAAGUAUAGUACUUUUCAAAAGUAAACAUCUUUUGUGAAAGUGUACUCCUGUAAAAAUAAACUUCAUAGCAUUUCUAUUCAAGUUGAAUGGUUUGAUAUUUAUAUACUGGUUGAAAAUAGCCCUGUAAGAAAUUCAUAUUCAACUUGAUGAAAAGUUCAUGUCAUGAAACAAUUCAUGGGGUGGAAGUUCAGACAUUCCAUUCAAAAAGAACUCUCAUUUAAACCAUGCAAACUUUUAUGACCAUGCCUCUAAAAAGCAUUGGAAUCGAGAAUCAUUAGGAACUGGAAUCGAAACGAGGGACCGGAUCCUGAAUCGUUCAAAUUCAAACGAUGUCCAACCCUACUUUUAUUUAUUUAUUUUUUAAAUGGAAUUUUAUGAAUGAUUUUUAGUUUUAUGAUGUGAUUACCCUUCUUUUCUGUAAAGCACUUUGAAUUACCUUGUGUUCUAUUAAAAAAAAAAAAAAAAAAAAAACAUGCCUUGCCUUGCCCUCUACAAAUUUAGCAAUAUGUGCUGUUGGAGUUUCCAGUGAUGUUUGACUUUAGAGGUUCCACUCCAUGUGCAAAAAUCAAGGCCACGUUUAUGUCCAAAACAGCAGGAUCUGUCUAAGGUCUUGGCUAACACACACAUACCUCCUCACCCUGCACAGGGCCACUUUGCACUACACUCCUCAGCUUCAAUAUUUCAUCUGCACAACAGAGCAGGAGCAGCGGUGAGGAGGAAAGCCCUCCAUGAAAUAAUUAAAGAUCCAGCGGGGAUGCGGCAGCACAGCAGCCGCCGUCCCGUCCUAAGUAAUAGAUCAAAUGAAAGCUGUCCCUCAGAUCAUUAAUAAU